GGCUGCUCACCUACGAUCCGGCCACCGGUUCGGUGGACAUCAGCUGGUCAGCAGGGGGAGAGGAGCGCCUGGCUUCGCCCUACGCCGCCGGCGGUCGCGGCAUGGAGCUCUCCGAGCUGGUCGUCUUCAACGGCAAACUGCUCACCUGCGACGACCGCACCGGCAUCGUCUACGAGGUGGACUCCACCCCAGCCAAAUGGGACCUGCUGCCCUGGGUGAUCCUUCGAAAUGGCGACGGAAGGCACUCCUCCUCCUCCUCCUCGAAGGGCGGCUUCAAGUGCGAGUGGAUGACCGUCAAGGGCGGCCACCUGUACGUGGGCAGCCUGGGCAAGGAGUGGACCACCGCCUCCGGGGACCGCGUCCUCAACGCCGACCCGCAGUGGGUGAAGCGGGUCUCGGUGGAGGGGGCGGUGGAGCACCUCGACUGGCGGCCGGCCUACGCGGCGCUGGUCCGCGCCGCGGGCAUCACCUCCCCGCCCGGCUACCUCAUCCACGAGGCGGCGGUCUACAGCGAGCGAAGCCGCCGGUGGCACUUUCUCCCGCGGCGCGCCUCCCACGACGCCUACAACGAGGUGGCGGACGAGCAGCGGGCGACGAACAUUGUCCUCAGCGCCGAGGGCGAGGACUUGGGCCGGGUGAACCUGACGCUGGCCGGCGUGGGCCGCCUCUCGCCGACGCACGGCUUCAGCUCGGUGAAGCUGCUGCCGCUGAAGGGCGGCGGCGAGACCUCGCCGGAGAUUGCCCUGGCGCUGAAGUCAGAGGAGAGCGGCGACACGGUCGCUUCCUACGUGACCGUCUUUCGCCUGGACGACGGUCGG